ACACUUCGAGGCUUCAAGGCGACAAAUAUAAACACUGCCAACUGCGACCGACGGGGUGUAGGUGGACGUUGCGAACAAAUAACAGAGAGGCGGGGGUUGUUGCCUAAUUUUUUCCUUCGAGAGGCAUUCAUCUGCGACGACAAACGACUCCAAACUCGGUGCCAUCAGGUCUAUCGGUUCCUCCAACUCGACUGGCCCCUUCAGGCCUAUCCAGAAGUCAAGAAGAGCAAUAAAAAAAUGGUGAGGAGCUACUGCAAGGGCCUCUCCGACAAGGAGGUGAGGGCCUCCGAAGCGACGUACGGGACGAACGCACUGCCGCCCACGAGGAUUGAGUCAUUUUGGAAAAAGCUUGGUGACAAUUUUGACGACCCGUUGAUCAAGAUUUUGCUGUUGGCGCUGGGCGUGACGAUGUUGUUGGCGUACGCCGGCCACACGCAGUGGCUGGAGAGCUUUGGGAUAGCGUUUGCGGUAUUUUUGGCUACUUUUGUGUCUACGUACAGCGAAUACAAGAAUGAGUCGAGUUUUCAGAGGCUCCAAGAGGAGGCGAGUCGGUUUCGAAGCAAGGUGUUUCGGAACGACUGCCUGGCGAGUAUUUCGAUAUCCAACAUCGUGAAGGGUGAUUAUAUUUUGAUUCAGGCGGGAGACAAGAUCCCAGUGGAUGGCAGAGUGGUGGAGGGCUGCCUGUGUGUGUGCCAACAGUCCUUGACAGGCGAGCCGUGCCCGGUGAUAAAGGAGGUGGCACCGGAGGGGUACAAGUGCCAGAAUCCCCAGUUCACGGACAAGUACAUGGUUUUUCGAGAGAGCGUGGUGAACGAUGGCGAAGCGGUUAUCGUCGCUGACUACGUGGGCGUGGAGACGCAGUACGGACGUCUGGCGAAGGAGUUGUCGACAACGGACGAGAGAGAGUCGCCGUUGCAAGUGAAGCUGGUUCGAUUGGCGGAAAACAUCAGCACGAUUGGAUACGUUGGGGCGGUGUUGAUCGCGUGCUCCUUUUUGUUCAAGCAGAUACUGAUGGACCAGCAAUACGACAUGGCAAACGUGUAUGAGUAUCUGCGGAACUGGAAGGGCGUUUUGGGCGAUUGUGUGACGGCGCUGAUUCUGUCAAUCAUCAUUGUUGUGGUGGCGGUGCCGGAAGGUCUGCCGAUGAUGAUCGCGAUCGUUUUGUCCUUGAACAUGAGGAAGCUGCUGAAGUCGAAGGUACUGGUGAGAAAGUUGUUGGGGAUCGAAGCCGCGGGAUCGCUGAACGUAUUGUUCGUGGACAAGACGGGCACGCUGACGGAGGGGAAGUUGGAGGCAAACCUGUUCGUGACAGGGAGUUUGGAAACCUACGAGGCGCUGAAAAAAGUGCCCGAAGCGCUGCGAAAGGUGGUCGACUUCGCGAUUCGGUACUCGACCUCCGCCCGCAUGGGGAGGGACGGUGAACUGAUAGGAGGAAACGCGACAGACAGGGCUUUUUUGGGCUUCAUCAGAGGGUCAAAUGAAACCAUUCCAAGCCAGUGUUUGGAGCAUGGAAGAGAAAUACUGUUCAACAGUACGCACAAAUUUUCAUUGAAUGAGGUGAGGGUGAGAGCGACGGACACCGCUCUCCAGUACAGUCUGGGACCACUGAUAAAUGGAGGGAACUUGGUAGAAGGAAAACUUGAAAUGUCCUUGGUGAAGGGAGCGCCAGAGAUCAUCUUGCCGUCUUGCGCCUAUUACUACGCGGCAGACGGCGAAAUUCGCUCAUUGGAGUCCCACGAGGGAAUUCGAGACUAUGUGAGAAAGGUGUCCGCGAGGGGCGUGCGGGUCGUCGCGCUGGCCACUUCCGAGAAACGCCUCGGGGCGGACAUAAAGAUACCGGAACGCAUGGUCUUGGUCGGCUGCUUUGGCAUAUACGACGAAGUGCGUCCGGAAUCGAAGAACGCCAUUCGCAUGGUAAAGCAAGCAGGAAUUCAAGUGGUAAUGAUCACAGGAGACCUCGAGGAGACCGCCGUCUCUGUAGCGCAUCAGACGGGCCUACUUUCUCCUCACGGGUCCAGGUUUGGCUUCGAUAAGAGAAAAGUCGGUGAGCUGCUCGAAGAAGACGAACCUAAAAACGCCAUCAUUAGCUCAAAAGACCUGGAAAAAAUGAGCGACGAACAGCUCAUGUCAUCUAUACAAGACCUGAGAGUCGUUUCUCGCGCCUUCCCCACCGACAAAAGCCGUUUGGUACGAGUAGCUCAACGCCUGAAUAUGGUCGUGGGUAUGACGGGUGACGGAGUGAACGACGCAUCCGCACUCAAAGCCUCGGAUGUAGGCUUCGCCAUGGGAUCCGGGACCGAGGUCGCCAAAGAAGCCUCUGAUAUCAUCAUCAUGGAUAACAACUUCUCUUCUAUCGCCAUGGCCAUUCUGUACGGGAGAACCAUCUUCAAGUCUAUCCGAAAAUUCAUCGUGUUUCAAUCGACGAUCAAUAUGGCGUCAACUCUUAUCGUCUUCCUCGGCCCAUUUCUGGGCAUAGACUUCCCCCUAACGCUCAUUCAACUCCUCUGGGUCAAUUUGGUCAUGGACACUCUCGCCGCAUUCGCGUUCGGCGGUGAACCUGCCCUAAACGCCUAUAUGUACGAAAAGCCUAUACAACGAGAUGAACCUAUUGUGUCUCCGCAAAUGUGGUCGUCGAUACUCCUAAAUGGCACGUUUAUCGCCGGUCUGUCUAUCUUCAUCCUUUCAACGCCGCAGAUAUCCAACCUCUUUGUCCGCGACUCAGUCCCCUCAUCCGCCGCCUUCCUCACCGCCUUCUUCUCCUUCUUCAUUUUCAUCAACGUCAUCAACGCACUCAACGUCCGUACCCCAACCAUCAGCCUCUUUGAUAACCUGUCUUCCAACACCAACUUCAUCCUUGUCAUCGGACUCAUUUUCUUCAUACAAAUACUCUUCACCUACAUCGGCGGCCAGCUCCUUCGUACCGUCCCUCUGACCAUCUACGAGUGGCUCCUUAUCCUAUUUGCCGCGCACACUAUCAUACCUUUUGAUAUCGCCCGAAAACUCCUCGUCCCCACAUUCAAACAAAAACCAUUCUCCAGUCGCGAACGAUUCAUCUCACUCGACGAAUCGAAACUUGUCAAAGUUCUUGGCGAAGCUCCCUGUCUAGACGAUCCGGAAAUUCGCCAUUACGAUAAAAAAACCAAAUAAAAAAAGCCCUUUUAAAAUCAAA